GUUAAUGAAGUUCAGCGGUGCUAAAGAGAGAAGGCAGAUAUUUUGGAAAACAGACGCAACACACUGGUCAACUUUCAAAGUUACUGGGAAAGAAAGUUUGAAGUCAUAAGGGCUGAGAGGAGUCCUCCUGCAGCGGCACCAUGAGCUGGAGCUUCCUGACGCGUCUGCUAGAGGAGAUCUCCAACCACUCCACCUUCGUGGGCAAGGUGUGGCUCACACUGCUCAUCGUCUUCCGCAUCGUGCUGACGGUCGUGGGCGGCGAGACCAUCUACCACGACGAGCAGAGCAAGUUCGUGUGCAACACGCAGCAGCCCGGCUGCGACAACGUCUGCUACGACGCCUUUGCGCCGCUCUCGCACGUCCGCUUCUGGGUCUUUCAAAUCAUCAUCAUCACCACGCCCUCCAUCAUGUACCUGGGCUACGCCAUGCACCGGAUCGCCCGUGCGGCUGACGAGGAGUACCAUCCGCGCCGCAAGCGGGCACCGGUCGUCACCCGCGGGCCCAGCCACGACUACGACGACGUUGACGAGACCGGCGAGGACGUGCCCAUGAUCACCGAGGAGUUGGAGGCCGAGCGCGGGGGGAAGGGCGGGGCGGGAGCGGCGCUGGUCGUCAAGGCGGCGGCUCCCGAGGGGAUGACGAUGAAGCACGACGGCCGGCGGCGCAUCCUGAGAGACGGGCUGAUGAAGGUCUACGUGGUGCAGCUGCUGUCGAGGAUCGCCUUCGAGGUGGCCUUCCUGUUCGGCCAGUACCUGCUGUACGGCCUGGAGGUGGAGCCGUCCUACGUCUGCAUGCGGAGCCCCUGUCCACACACCGUCGACUGCUUCGUCUCCAGGCCCACGGAGAAGACCAUCUUCCUGAUCACCAUGUACGUCGUGAGCGCACUCUGUCUGCUCCUCACCUUCCUGGAGAUCUGCCACCUGGGCAUCAGUGGUAUCCGCGACAACCUGAAGGGCCGCUCAACCGUCCGCCGUUCCCGCCAGCCCCUCCACUCCUCUGGCCUCCCCAGCCAGCACGCCACCUCCCUGCUCAAGCAAGUCCCCUCUGCCCCUCCUGGAUACCACUCCGUGCUGAAGAAGGACACCCCCGGCCGGCUCCGGCCCGAGUUCAGGGAACUGAACCUGAAGGACUCCGGUCGGGAGUCACCGGGGGACGAGUUGGCGGGUCGAGACCUGGAGCGCAUGCGGCGGCACCUGAAGAUGGCCCAACAGCACCUGGACCAGGCCUACCAGAGCGAGGAGCUGGCGCCAGUGUCGCGCAGCAGCAGUCCGGAGUCCAGCAGCAAAGCCGCUGAGCAGAACCAGCUCAACUACGCCCAGGAGAAGCAGGCCAGCACCAGCGACAAAGGUGUCCAUGCCUGAGGCCUUUGAAGUCUCGUCUGCCUUUCCAUAACUCACACUGGCAAUCAGGACAAAGAAGCACAUUUUAAGGAUGGCAGUCAUAGACUUGCUGUGUGUGUGUGUGUGUGUGUGUGUGUGUGUGUGUGUGUGAUGGGUUGUGUUUGUACUGGAAAAGUGCCUUGCAGUAUUAAGGCCAGUGAACAGUAAUGCUAAAUGCACAAAGUUUAAAAUGCUCCAGAGAAGAAUCACAAUGAGGGCCAAACCCUCUGGGGCCACAGCCAACCAGACCCUUCGAACCUUUUUCCCUUCAAGUCCCGGCGUGCCUGAACACACCCCGUCACCCCAGCCCUGCAGUGCCACAGCCUGGACUCCUGCCAUUGCUGAGAGCCCUCGCAUCGGCCCAAGGUGAUGGCUCUGAUGAUUCAGUGUUUCUUUUUAAAAAAAAUUCUCCUUCUUUUGAACUUUUUACAUUUUGUUUGCAAUAACAGCCGUGUUAGUUCUGGCUGAACAGACUCUUUCUCUCUGACCUUACUGAUAGUGUGAUGGCUCGAAUCAAGGCAUUGCAGUAAUGCAUGGCUGACCUGUGCUCUCCCAGAACGAAAACAUUCCAAAUCUUAAAGAGGAGCCAAAGGUCAGCCGUGUCUGUGUCUGUGUGCUUGUCACCUACAGUGUUACUUUUGGAUGACGAGUUGACUGGUAAGAGAAAUCAAUGAUCUGUCCUCUCAUUUUAAAAUUGGGCUGAUUCAAGAGGGAGUAGUGUAGGUUUGAGUUGAGCAAUACUUCUUAAUAUGGUACUUACUCCGAAGCAUCUUUAGUCAUUCACAUUCAAAGGGCUUUGAACUUACCGUGCCUUCCAGUAGUGCCUGGGCUAAGUGUCUUGCAGAGAUUUUUAGUUUUUUUUUUUUCUUCUCUGAACCAGUAAAUAUUACAUCUGCACGUUCUCUGACGAGUUUCCCUGUGCAUUUGGAGCCGAUUGGCAAACUAGGAGGGAUACCUGGAAAAUGCUUGAAUUUGUUAGCUAGUUAAGUGUUUUUUGUUUUUUUGUUAUUUUGUUUAGCUAAUCAACCAUAACGAACAGAUGGUCAUGCAUAUCAUUCCAAUUUCUAUAUUUUUCAUAGCCCAUAACCCUAUAGGAUGGGAUAAGUUCUCAUUAGACCCUGUGUAAAACUGGAGACUUUGCCUUUUGCAAAAAAAAUAUCUUCUUUGUGUGUUUCAUGUCAUUAUUUCAGCAAUAUUUUCUACAGUCUGUUGUCUUGGAAGAUGAACUUUCUUGGACUGUUGUUCAUAGUUUGUUUUUAAUAUGUUGCACAUUGUGGUUUCUGGCAUUUAGGUUUAAUUGAGUUGAUGCUGAUUUGCCAUAUGUUUUGUAUCUUGUGUGCCAGCCUUGUGGUCUAGUGAUGGGCAUUCUCUGAUUGGUUGAUUUCACACUACUCUGCCACUCAGUCCAGUAGGAAGUCCAUCAGAUCAUUUGGCCUGGCGUCACUGAAGAGCUGCUCAAUCGCCACAACAUUUCGAAAGUGUGUCUUUGUCAUAAAAACGUGAGAGAUUAUUAGUGUGAGUGCUUGUGCUUGUUAGGGAGGUGUGUGCUAGGUUGUGAAUGCUUGGGGAAAUGCCUGUAACUGGAAGGCUGUGGGUGUUUUUUUUUCUGUCAUAUGCUGGGAACAGAUACUGUUCAAAAUUGAGCGGAGGACAAAUGCAUUUCAAAAUCAUUGUGAGUAAGUCUAAGAUGUUGCUUUAUGCAAGUUGCUAUUUUUGUAGAAACAUAUUGUAACUUGAAUAGAAAUGGGACAACAAAGUAAUAAAAGUUGCAUAUUUAUA